CUCUCCCUUCCUCCCUUCCUCCCUCCCUCCCCUCUCCCCGGCCGAUCACUCCGGGACACCCUCCCCUCUCAGUCGCUGUCAACUGCCCGGAGUUCAGCGUCGCAGCGAACAGGAGAGGUGGGGUGAAGGGGUGAGUGGGUGGUCGCCGUCGUUCAUCAGCCCGGACAGUGAGUGCCAGCCAGCGACUCUACACACACAUAUCCGGAGCGGGGAUUGCAGAGUUCGUGAUCACGGGAACCAAACCCCUUUCCUCGCUCGGGAUGAUUUGCAAACUUCUCCUCGUGGUGUGGGUCACCUUGCUCCCCGCCGUCUCGUCUCUCAAACCCGGGAACCAGUCACGUAGCAAAUUUACACCCAGAACCUUUGUGGGUAAGCAGGCUCCGAAUCCAGAUGAAUUCAUCGAUCUUGAAGGAGAAGGCUCAGGCCCGUAUGACGGAAGUGGACUCGGAGAUGGAUCCGGAUUUGGACUGGAUAAAAAUACGUCCACUGACCUUGUUCGAAAAGGCACGGAAUACCACAUGACCAUCUCAGAUUCAGCAAGACAAUAUCUAACCAGCCGAUGGAUUACUGUGUUUAUCCCUUCUGCUUACACUGUUAUUUUUGCUGUAGGGCUGCUUUUCAACUGCAUAGCAAUCUUAACCAUGUACUUUAAAAUAAAGUUUGAUAAGCCGGCAAUAACAUACCUGUUAAAUUUGGCCAUAGCAGAUUUACUAUUUGUGCUGCUGCUUCCGUUUAAGAUCUUCUACUAUUUCUCCGGUGCUAAUUGGAACUUUGGUUCCUUCCUCUGCCGAAUGGUGAGUGGUGGCUUUUAUGCCUACAUGUACUGCUCGGUGUUGCUGAUGAUGUGUAUUAGCGUGGACCGGUUUGUGGCUAUAGUUUUCCCAAUCCGAUCCUCCUCCUGGAGGAGCCCCGGACGCGCCCUUGGAAUCUGCCUCCUGGCGUGGCUUCUAGCCCUGGGUGGUGCCACGCCGCUCUUCGUGGUCGAGCAAACGGCGUACAUCGCCGACCUGAACAUCACCACCUGCCACGACGUGCUUCCCCUCUCCACACUGCAACGCUACUUCACCCAUUACUUUCCUGUUCUGUGUGCCGUGUUCUUCCUCAUCCCCCUGGUCGUGACCACAGUCUGUUACCUGGGCAUCAUUUCUACCCUUUCGUCCACCAGCGUGGCCAACAAAUGCAAGAAGACGUCAGCCAUCAGGUUGGCUGUGAUUGUGCUGUUUGUCUUAGUUGUCUGCUUCACACCGACUAACAUCGUUUUACUCAUCCACUAUCUUCACCUUUAUCACGCUCCAGAUGACAGCCUCUACUUUGUUUACAUGCUGUGUGUGUGCAUAGGCAGUUUAAGCUGUUGCCUUGACCCUUUGAUAUAUUAUUAUGCCUCCUCUCUGUUCCAAAAGCAUCUUAAGAAUCUUUUUUGUUCUCGGGAGGUUGCUAAGUCUGGGAGCAGUCAAACAGGAUCUAAGAGUUGUAAAACAGGAAACACUAACAGCAAUGAUAAUACCUACAAACAAUUAUUAGCCUAAACUGAUCACAAUAAUCUUGCCAUAGUAUUUUUUAGCACUUUUUUUUAAAGGUACAAUGACCUGUAAUUAGAUAAUUAUUAUAUUUACCAACUUUUAGCUAUAUUGUGUUAUGAUGAUUUUUAAGUUUUAUAUGCUCAACAUUUUAUUUGUUUAUGUUUGAUUUAAGUAAAAACUCACCAAUUCUGGUAAUAUUUCAUAAUGCAGGGUGUUUGUUGGGUAUAUUCAGAUUGCGGUUAUUAUCACAAUCCCAUGUUUACUUUGGUUUAGAGAUAUAGCAUGGAAACAGGCCAUUCUGCCCACUGAUUCCGUACCAACCAUUGAUCACCUGCUCACACUAGUUUUCUUUCGUCCCACUUUCUCAUCCACUCCAACACACUCGGGCCAAUUUACAGAGGUCAAUUAACCUGCAAACCCACGCAUCUUUGGGAUUUGGGAAGAAACCAGAAGACCUGGAGGAAACCCACGUAGUCACAGAGAGAAUAGCAAACUCCACAGUGCACCAGAGGUCAAGCUUGAACCCGGUUCUCUGUUGCUGUGAGGAAGCAGUUCUACCUGCUGCGCCUCCGAGCCACCCCACAGCUCAGUGCAAGAAUGUUUAAACACUUUACUGCACAUCCCAUACAAGAUUAGUCUUUGUUACAUGCAUAUCUAAUUCAUGGGAUGUGAUUU